AUGAAGCCGCGCCUCGACGAGCCUCCAAAGUUCAAGCGCAGGUCGCCCGCCGAACUCUCAUCUGGCAAGCUCACGCCCAGGCCGCCUUCUCGAACGCCCGUUCCUGGUGAUUACGAGACUGAAGGCCGUCAGGCCGCCGCACCUUUGACUCUGACUGCUCAGGGGCCAAAAACUGGAACGGCGCGCGACUUUUCUCAAGUGUUGAAAAUCGAGGAGGAGUGCCUGAGGCUGCACCAGGUAGAAAAGUCACUGCGCGCGGAGCUGGACGCGUUCAAGCGGGAUGCCCACGAGCGCGAGCGACGCCUUGAGGACGAGAUCACGCAGCUGAAGCCGCCGCGUCCUGCAGCGACGGGCCCCGAGCAAAGCUUCAUGAGCGACCUGGAGGACGACGCGGAAUCGAUGGAGCUCGCGACGCCCCUGCAGCCGACGCUGAUCCUCAUGGGCUCGCCCGACCCGCCAGACAUACCUCUUCCCCCGUCCCCGGCGCUGCCCGAUCAGUUCGAGAUGGACACGCUCGAGUUUGAGCACGUGAGGAUGGAUCUGGACGCAGCUGAGGCGCGACUGAGGGAGAAGGACGCAGAGAUGAUGCGGUUGCGGGAGGACCUAACGGAUAUGCGGCACUAUUUGUAUUCGGGAUCACAAGGGGGUCAGGGGAGGCGGUGACCAUCGUCUGUCGGAGGCGUUGCUUCGAGGGGACGCCUGCGAUCGCGUCAGAUCUGUUUGCAUCUGUUCGGUGGCAACUUUGGCUUUGGGGGGGCACGGACAGUUGACGAUCAGUACAUAACUUUGCACGUCUCGAUACGCAGAUGGCGUCGCGUUUUACUCACCUGUUGUUGUUUUCUAUUUUCUAACUUAUUGAUUUCUUUCGGGCCCC